AUGAGGUUCAAGGGCGGAACUAUCUCGUUCUUAAGCACAUUCGUCUAUUUUGCAUUCUACGCCCUUAUUAACGUUGCCAACUGUAAUGAAGAGGAUGCCUGGGAUACAGCAAAACAGCUACGGGAACAACUACCGAUCCCAGAGGAUCUAAGGAGACGUAACGUUUUCGAAUUCGAUCCAUUUGGUGAUACAGUAGAAGAUGGAAUAAGCAUUGUGAUACCAAUGGACUAUUUCGAAUCAGAGCGCGAAAGAGCAUAUAAAUGGUUUUGGGAUAAUAGUGCAACAGAUGUACAAAAAGAAUACUAUAAAUUAUUGCAGGAAGAAACUAUUCAAGGGUCACAUCAAUCUGAUGCGCAUUGGGAAUUGAAAGAGAUGGCAUUGUAUGGUAAAUAUGGUUUCCCUCAUAAUAAGACAUUGGCAUAUUAUCAUCUGGAAAAGUUCAAUGAGCUAACGAAGCGAACCAACUCAACAGCCUUAUUCGAAUUGAGUGUAAUGUAUUCAACUGGUCUUUUCGGCACCAUAGAGAGAGAUGUUCCUAAGGCGUUAAUAUUAUUGCAUGAGUCGGCAAACUUGGGAAAUAUGCGAGCCAAACAGGCAUUGGCGAACCGUCUUUUCCAUGGAUUAGAUUUGGAGCAAGAUAUGGUGAAGUCUAGGCUUAUAUAUGCUGAAAUUGCAGACUUUUUGAGAUCAAAAUACACAUUUGAAGAGUGGAACAUUAGGCCACCCUAUAUCGAAUCGUACAACUUGCGUAUUCCUGAUUUAGGAGAGGGGUUAAUAGGAAAACGGAAUUCUUUAUUUAGCUACAGUUCAGCAAAGCGUUUAAGGCAGCGGAAACCAAAAUCAGUGGAAUCUUUCCUUCCUAGCGAUCAAAACGUUCUUCUUCAACUUGGUAAUGAGCUCACAUUGAACAAUCUUGAUGCUGCGGAUGAUUUUGAAGCUGAUAGAAUUAGUGAUAUUUUCUAUGCUGCCCUAAAUAGCUAUCAUGGUACUUAUACCCUCGUAAGAGACCCAGAAACAGCAGCAUCUAUCCUACAGAUGGCUUAUUCGAAACAUAAAGAUCAAGUAUCUACGAUGGAGGUCUUGUCCAGAGCUUAUUUUGCUAAAUGCGUCGAAUUAUUGGGCCAUCAGUACAUGAGAGGAGAAGGAGUGGAAUUAGACAUAGAGUUAGCUGAGAAAUACCUUACUGAAUCUCUAAGAAUAAGUAAAAAUUUGGGUUCCACUAUUGCUAAUACGGACUUAGGAUUAAUUGCACAAUAUUACAAGAAUGACAAGGAAAAGGCUUGGAAUUUCUAUAAUAACACUCCCUCAUCAGAAGGGAUGUUAGCAAGGUUUCAAAUGUCCAAACUGGCAGCUAACGAAAAGCACACAAUAACCCAAGUGUCAUGCCAGAUACUUUACCUACAGCACAUUUGUUUUGAGUACUUUCCUGCAGCAUAUGAGUUGGCAAGAUUGACAGAACAGAAUUCCACUAGAUUCAAUAGCAAUGAUAACACUAACUUCUACCGAUACUUUGUUAAUGAGAAUGAACAACACUUGGCGUAUUACUUGAAAGAUGCUUUUUUGGCUUUACUACGUCAGGAAAGCGAGGUUGCCCUAUGGUAUUACGCUAUGGCUGCCGAGCAAGGCUAUCAUGAAGCACAGGUAUCUGCAGCAUGGCUUCUCUAUCAGCCACCGAGACUUUUCGAAAAACCACCCAUCAUCCCAGAAGCUAGGAGGGAUAUGGCAUUGCAUUAUUACCUGUUAUCUUCACUUGGACAGCGAGGAAUUCGGGGGCAAUAUUCUGAUGCGAAGGUGGUGGCUGGCGACAUAUUCUAUAAUAUGGGCGAGUACGAAAAGGCGGUAAAAGAAUACGAAACCUGUAAUAAUGUUCAAUGCUUAUGGAACCUAGGGUACAUGUACGAAUACGGUCUUGGUGUAGAAAAAGAUUUCCAUUUAGCCAAAAGGUUUUACGAACAAGCUUCUGGCAGGGAGGAAUCGAUAGAAAAUUAUCUUCCGAUACUCAAGUUACAACUACACUGGGCACUCUCAUGGAUAUCCGAGAACAUUGUGCAUUUUGAUGUAUCUACGUUUAAUAAUUGGCUCCCAAAAAAAUGGGACAAAUGGACUUCUCCUGGAAGAGUCACUCCUGAUGGAAAAAAAGUUAAGAAACCUACUCAAGAGACCAGGUUCUUCGAGGCUAAAUCGUGGUACAGAAGUGCCAUGAGGUACAUCAAAUCAAUUCCUAUUGAAAUGAAUGAAGAGGUGCUCAUGAUCACAAUAACACUUGCUGUAAUUCUCAUUUCUUUUGUAGUCUCAUUUCUAAGAGGCAACGUGAAUAUUAGAUUCAAUGGUUUCCAAAUUGGGGGAAAUAACAACGAAGGUGUCGGAGACGACGCCCAGCCACCUGCUGAAGGAGAGGUAAAUAUCAUGUUCUUUGCAAUAUGA